GAUUGUUAGAUGAUUCUUAGAAGACAGUCUUUUUUCUUAAUGCAGAUUGAUAACCAGGAUUCAAAACAAGUAGUGGCUGCCCAUAAUUCACAUGUGAUUGCUCUUUCCCUAACGAGUCCCAACAACCUGAAUGGAAAUCUUUUAACGCCACUUGAUCUCUGUGAAGCUGAAGAAACAAACCUGGAUGUCCCAGCCGUAGGGUAUCAAGGUUCUCAUCCUGGUGGUUUGACAUUACCUCAUCAAGGUUCUAUACAAUCGACGCUUCCCACAUCUGGGGUGAACUCUUCCCUACCUGGGGCUUCUGGUAUGGUUCUCGGCCAUAACUUGUCAUCAUCAUCUGGUUCAGCCAUAACAUCUGUCAGGGGUGGUAGAUAUGGAAUUCCAAGGAAUUCUCCUACAUCAGUGGAUGAGCAACAGAGAGUACAAUACAAUCAAAUGUUAUCUGGAAGAAACAUUCAGCAGAGCAUUUCAGUUACUGGGACUCUUUCUGGAAGUGAUCAUGGUCGCAUGCUUCCAGGCGGAAAUGGUAUUGGCAUAAUGGGUGGAAUUAACAAAGCCAUGGCAAUGUCUAGGCCAGGGUUUCAAGGAUUAGCAUCACCAUCGAUGCUUAAUUCUGGAAGCAUGAUUUCCUCUACUAUGGUUGGGAUGCCAAGCCCUGUAAAUAUGCACUCUGGAGUUGGCCCAGGACCAGGCAACUCAAUUUUAAGACCUCAUGAGACACUACAUAUGAUGAGGCCUGGCCAUAACCCGGAACAUCAAAGACAAAUGAUGGUUCCAGAGCUUCAGAUGCAAGUCACCCAAGGGAACAGUCAAGGUAUUCCUGCUAUAUGUGGGCUGUGUUCUUCCUUUAGCAAUCAGACAACACCAGCUGUUCAGCCUUAUCCAGGACAUGCACAACAGUCACACCAACUCUCGCAGCAGCAGACCCAUCUCAGUAAUCCUCGUCCUCAUCUUCAAGGUCCGAGUCAUACUAAUUCACAGCAGCAAACCUAUGCUGUCCGGUUAGCGAAGGAAAGGCAAAUGCAGCAACGAUAUCUCCAGCACCAGCAGCAGCUUGCUGCAUCCAAUGCGUUGCUGCCACAUGUCCAGGCAAAGUCUCAACUUUCCAUAUCAUCAACACCAUUGCAGAACAAUUCUCAGGUUCAGCCACAAAAUUCUUCUCAGCAAGUCCCACAUUCACCUGUAACGCCAUCAUCCCCUUUGACUCCCAUGUCAUCCCAGCUCCAACAACAGAAACUUCACCAGUCACAACCUGGGUUCAGCAGAAAUCCCCCCGCUAGUGGGUUGACUAACCAAGCAGCAAAGCAACGCCCACGACAUUCACCACAGCAGCCACCACCGCAACAGCAGUAUCAACAAUCUGGUAGGCAGCAUCCUAAUCAACGGCAUAAUGUACAGUCUCAACAGCAGGCAAAACUUAUGAAGGGAAUGGGAAGAGGAAGUAUGUUGGUCCAUCCGAACCUCUCUGUGGACACUUCUCAUCUAAGUGGACUCUCUCUGCCUGUGGGAAGUCAAACAGGUGAAAAAGGGGACCAAAUCUUGCACAUGAGGCAAGGUCAAAAUAUAUAUCCAGGAUCUGGUUUAAACCCAAAUCAGCCAUCAAAGCCUUUGGGUCAUACUCAUUCUUCAAAUCAUUCACAGUUGNGUCACCAACCACUUCAUCGAAGCAACUUCAUAUUCCUUCUGAUACUAAAGCUCAAGCACAGGUUUCACCAGUUUCAUCAGGCCAGUUGUUGUCAUCUCCACCGCCAGCUGUUAUUUCUUCUAACCACCAUCAGCUGCAGCCACAGAGUCAGUCUAAGAAAAUUAAUCAUACUAACCAACGUUCAGAGAAUCUUGCCACUAAACCAUCCUGUUCAUUCAGAUUCAUUAAAGUCUGAUCCAAUUCAAGCUGAUCAGCAGCCUGCAAACAGUUUUUGCAAGGUUAGCGCAUGUGCUACAGUGGCACAGAGUUGUAUGGAUCCUGUUAGUGCUGUACCAGCUAUUGCCACAGUAUCUUCUCAGUGGAAAACAGCUGAACCGCCAUUUGAUUCAACUAUGAACAAUCAAACCACUCAAAUGAGCUCCUUGGGAAGUGCACCUGUUGGAAAUUCCACUGGAAAUGAGCAACCGACAAUUAGUCAAGGGUUGGAGCCAAGAUCUGUUAGCUUGACUUGUCAUGCACAUAAUUCUGAUACACAGUGGCAAAAACGUCAGGUACAACAUCUCCAACAGUCAUCACAACCCAUCCUAUCUCAGCAGCCAUAUCAGACUGAGCAGCUGCAACAGCAUGAGAAAGAAGAAUAUUCUCCCAAAGAUACUGUUUUACAACCUCAACAACAUAUGCCGCAUCUACAAUCAGGGCAGAACAGUAUGUUUAUCCAACCACCUAAUUCUAAAGUUGAAUGAUGCUUUCCAACGGAUGGAGCAGCCAAGUGCUCUUUUUCUGUCAGGAUUGGAGUUUUUAUGCCUUAAUGACAGCAUUGUACAGGUAAUUCUAUAUUCUUUUACUGUUUAGCUUGUAUAUGUGCAAAUAUAGCAUUGAAUUGCACUUGUUUGUUGUUUGACUCUAUUGGAUGGGGUAGGUUCAUGUUUUUCCACCACAUGCAUAUAAAACACAUUCGUCAUACAUGAAAGCUUUUUCCUGAAUGAUGAUCGUAUUAGUAAUUGAUUGACUUUGUUUACAAUAUCUGCAGAUUUUUCUAAGAAAUUAUUGCUGUUCUCGAGUGUGUUGAAUGGUAAUGUGAGAAAGGAAUAAAUUGGCGUGCUAAGUAUAUCAUUUUAGAACAUUACACAGAAUCCACUACCCAGAAACUAAUUUAAUUGGAACCAGGAAAAGUCUAUUAAAAAGGUUAAUUUGUGAAUAAUAUUAUCAAACCGCUUGAAUAAUGUCAGUUGGUAGUGUUAUAAUUAUAAAAUUACAGAACAGUUCCUAUAUAAUAAAGAAUA